GGGUUUCGGCCGAAGGUGACGCUGAGGCGACGGAGGUGCGGAGAGCAGAGUGGGCCGUGAGUGAGAGCGAGCCACGGCAGCACCUUAGGCGCUCUCCCCCACCUCUCUGCGGUGAAUGGCGGCGGGAUGGAGCACGAGGGGAGCGGCGACAGCGGGGGGUCGGCCGGGCUCCUGCAGCAGAUCCUCAGCCUGAAGCUCGUGCCGCGCGUGGGCAACGGGACCUUGUGCCCUAACUCCACUUCUCUCUGCUCCUUCCCAGAGAUGUGGUAUGGUGUGUUCCUGUGGGCACUGGUGUCCUCUCUCUUCUUUCAUGUCCCUGCUGGAUUACUGGCCCUCUUCACCCUCAGACAUCACAAAUAUGGUAGGUUCAUGUCUGUAAGCAUCCUGUUGAUGGGCAUCGUGGGACCAAUUACUGCUGGAAUCUUGACAAGUGCAGCAAUUGCCGGAGUGUACCGAGCAGCAGGAAAGGAAAUGAUUCCAUUUGAAGCCCUCACCUUGGGCACUGGACAGACGUUUUGUGUAGUGGUGGUCUCCUUUUUACGGAUUUUAGCUACUCUAUAGCACAUACCCUUGUGCUAUGAUGGCGAACCUAAGUUUCAUAGAAUCCUCAAAAAGAAUACAGUAUGGAAUGUGUUUUCUUAGUUCUUCAAACGGGAAGCAACUUGGAUGAAAAGGUAUAUGAAGAACAUUUCAGUCCUUUCUUCAAUUUGAAGCUCCAGGAAUUAAAGAUCUCUUUGGACUCAUUGUUCUCAACGAAAACAAAUCAAGUUUCUUUUCUUUCUUUCUGAUGAAGGUUGGCAUCCUUCACACUGAAAUUUAUAAUGUUCUGUGAGAAAAUGCAACGUUGCAUAUUUCAGAGAAACUAUGGAUCAUAUUAGUUUAUUUCUGAGCAGAGUAUACUGUACUAAAAUCUAACUUGAUCUAAUCUUGAUUAAAAUUUGGCAAACUCAUCUCUUGCUACAUCUUCAUGACAGUAAGUGCCAAGUAGGUUUUGGUUGAAUAUAGUGUUGUGAACAAAUUUGGUGAAAUUUGUUGCACACACAAAAAAUCUAUAACUCAAGUAGUGGCUUCGAUUCCACUGUUUAAAGAAAAAGGAGCUAACUACUGAAUGAUGUGACAUUUUUAUGGAUAACUAUCUUGACCUCUGAUUAUUUAAUAUAUUUUAAGAGAUGUGAAUUUGUUUUUUUGUACAUUUUAUCAAAAUAAGCUAGAUAAUUGAGACUUUUUCCCCCAAAGCUCCUGUACUACCUCUUCCUAUAACUUUUAUUCUAUUGCUUUUAUUUAGUUUAAUUGGAAACAUACCCUAUUAAAUAGUUGGGAGUUGAAAAUUUUCACCCAGAUUGUUUAGGACACUCUUUGAACAUUGAGGCACAUGCACAAAAAGAUACUUUAAACAUUCUGUUACUGUUUUUCUUAGUGACUUUGGUUUACUCAUGGCUCUUGAAAAAUUGUAUAAGUGCAGCUUAAACUAGAGUUAGUGGUUAUGGAUUUCCUAGUCUUAAUGUGGUUACCUAGUGGUGGGUCUUCAGCUCACUUUUACAGUAUUGGGUAUCACUCCCAGAAAGUGCCUAAAGUUUAAUUUUCAGAUAUGCCUUCCACUGUGCCCUUUACAUUUUCCUUCAAGAGAAUUUAUAUCCUUAAAGAGAAUUAAAUAUCAGAGUUUUUUAAAACCCAAUUUUAGCUAUUUUAAUUUUUCUUCUAAUGCCUAACUUACUUUUUCAUUUAAAGGCCUGAAAACUGUAACCUUCAAAAGAAAAAGGAUUGCAAAAAUUAUCUAACUUUAUCCUUACCACCUAAACUGUUCUGUAUGAAAUACAAUCGAUGUUAUCUGUUUUCAAAAUAGUUUCUGGUAAUUAAAUCUGACAUUUUUAAAGGAAGGUUUUCAUUGUGAGUGUAAGGCUAACUGCCCAUGAGGUCGUGUGCAAUUCUAUUUGAUUUAAAGCAAUAUGCACUCUGGCUUCUGAUUAAAAACAGCCAGGAGUACCAAUUUACCAGGGAUAGUCAAAGAGAAAAAUUACAAAGGAUCACAAAAAGUAACUGGACAUUUUCUUUUAACUAAUCGUCCAUUAGACCACUUAUCAAAAUUAUAGUGUUAUAUACACAUAGACUAGGUGGAAAAUUACAGGAGUUGGAAUGUAGGCAAAUGUCUUUACAAAUUCCCCAACAAGAUUACUCUCCAAUGCUCAAAUCUUUCUUUCAAGCAAAUUUUUAAGUCUUUAGUUGAAGACUCCAUUUUUCAGUUCAGUGAGCUGGAUUUGGAAAAGUAGCCCUUCAGUUUAAGAAAUUUGUUGUAGGAAAUUAUUUUAAUUAUCUCUAUUGAAGGAUGCCUCUUAGCAUUCUCACCUAAAACAUUCCUUUGGAUAGAAUUUCACAAAUUGAACAUGGGCCAGUGGUCAGUGGGCUCCUCCCCCUAAAUACUAAUUUUUGAACAUACUGAUCCAUGAUUUAUUUGGUUUAUUUUUCUUUUAGAGCCAAGACACAAAAAUUAAUGCAUUUUGAAAGUUGUCUUUGUUUUCAUCUGUUUCUUGUUUGAUUAUCCACUCUUUUUAAAAACUUCAAAUAUAAAGUGUAUCUUCAAAUUAUUGAAUGUUUCAUCCAUCCCAGUCUGUGAACAUUCUCCUGUGAAUAAAUGUAUAUAGACUUUA